UGUGCUGCAAGUGGAAUGAGGGAUUUUAAGUGAAUUUGGGAGAGGAUUCUGAGCAGGGCUGUGGAAGAAGCCUCAGUGUCACGUGAUGAUCCAGAGCUGAGAGUAAUUGCAGAAGUUUCCGUUCACUCUGAGGGGAGCUGGCUGCCUGUAGGGUUAUAGGAGGUAACGUGUGAACAGCGAACUGGGUCAACCCAGCCUGCAAAUAGCAUGACACAACCCUUCAACUGAUGAUGGCUAUUCGAGAAUUGAAAGUCUGUCUCCUUGGGGAUACUGGUGUUGGGAAGUCGAGCAUUGUAUGCCGAUUUGUUCAAGACACCUUCGAUCUCAAUACUCUGCCCACUAUUGGUGCCUCAUUCAUGACUAAGACUGUGAGCUGUGGAAAUGAGCUCCAUAAGUUUCUGAUUUGGGACACAGCUGGCCAAGAACGGUUUCACUCACUGGCUCCAAUGUAUUAUCGUGGGUCUGCUGCAGCUGUUAUAGUUUACGAUAUCACAAAUGAGGAAUCCUUCUACACUUUGAAGAAGUGGGUAAAGGAAUUGAAGGAGCAUGGGCCUGAAAAUAUUGUGGUGGCAAUUGCUGGAAACAAAUGUGACCUUUCUGAUAUGAGGGAGGUUACAGUUAAGGAUGCCCAGGAGUAUGUUAAGUUCAUCAAUGCCAUCUUUGUUGAAACAAGUGCAAAGAAUGCCAUUAAUGUUGGAGAGCUCUUUGAAAGAAUCAGUCAACAAAUUCCACCUUUGGAUCCCUCUCAGCACAAUAGCAAUGGAGCUUUCAAAGUUGGAAGGCACAAGGUACAAUCGGGCAGGCGCUGCUGCUGAGCAGCCAGUUGUAUCGGGAGAACAAACUCAAGCAGCGUUGAAUCAAGAUUGUCAUAGCAAGCAGGGCAAAAAAGAAAACAAAAACCUUUUUCUUGUGUUAUUGUUUGAAUUAUUUAGCAGUCUCCAGGUUAUUGGUCAGUGGUUGGUCUGCUGAUUCUUUCAUUCUAGCACAUGAUGUCCUGCUUUCAGGAAGUUACUUUAGAAUUCCCAGAGAGACCUCCUGCACUAUGAAUGAAAAUAUUGAAACGCCAAUUAUCAUUUUUGUUAUUUUUUUCUCCAUCCUUUUUCUGGGUUUUUUUUUUGCCCUUUAUUCCCUUUAUUCUCUUCUGAGUACAGUGACUGAACUCCCAUCCACGUUAUCAUUCCCAGUCUUUAUCACCAGCAGCCAGGAGCAAAUAAAAUUUCUUCAAUAUGUUCCCAGUUUAUGUCUAUAGCCCACUAGUGAGCACUUUAACUGUAAUGAUAGUCCCAAUUAUAAAUUAAUAAAUUGUCUGUUUAUUUAGUCCUGGCUGAUUUAAUUGGGAAAAAAAAGCACAACUAAACCUUAUGAAAUGGCGAUGAAGCAUUAUAAAGGUUGAAAACUUUCCACUGUUCCUUACACCUGUGCAUUUAAUAGAUUUAUGGCAUGUGGUCAUAUAAAAGUUAAAACUGUUCCUUUGCCAGGUCCAUGAGCUAGAUGGGAAAAAGACUUGCCUUUGUGUGCCAAUCGGCGAUAAAGAGCAGGAAAUCCCAGAUUGAUCUUUGGCUUGCAUUGUUACCUGGUCUUGACAGGUAUGACAGUUGACAUCACCAAGUAUUGAGUCAGGGUGAAAAGGUUAGUUAAGAAUCUCACUUUUGUUCGCUGGCCAGUGGCUCCUGGGGAAGGAGUGUGGUGGUACGAAUAGGUGGAUGUGGGUUGAGGGAAGAGUGAGAGAAACCUGUGAUGUUGCCAGUGGUGAAUAGCUUAUCAAUACUCAUUGGCUAGGUUUAUUCAUGAAAAUGAUGAUUGGACAGCCCAAUAAGGAUUGGUGACCUCAGGAAAAAAAAGCAAAAAGAUCGUGGGGGUGCUGGCAUCGGGUUAUGAUCUGGGGAACAUAGAUUCGAAUCCUACCAUGGCAGAUGAUGAAAUUUGAAUUUAAAAAAAAAUCUGAGGUAAAAAGCCAGCUAAUGGUGACCACGCCAAUAUUAUAAAAACCCAUUUUUUUAAGGGAAGGAAAUCUGACCAUCUUUACCUAGUUCAGCCUUCAUUUGGCUGCAGAACCACAGCAAUGUGGUUGACUCUUAGCAACCCACUGAGCAAUUAGGGAUGAGCAAUAAAUGGUGACCGAGCCAGUGAUGCCCACAUCCCAUGAAUGAAUAAAAAAAUGUCCUUCUGUAUAUGGCAAAAACUACUAGAGCUUAGUUAAGAAUACAAACGAGUUAACUUCAGUAUCUGAGGCAGAGGAGAUGCAAUAAACUAAGGCAUGCUUCAAUCAAUGUACUUAAACUUCUGCAAGUCUUGGUCCUUAAUCAGUGUAUUGUUGUCUUCAGCCAACUUUUCAUUGACACUCAUCACCAAGUCCAAGAAUUCAUUGGUUACAUGUAAUGGACAUGUGCAAUUGGAAAUGAAUUGAAAUUGCUUCAUACUCAGUGCAUUUUUAAUGACCUGUACAGUUAAAUACAAAUGCUUAUAGCCUUUUGGUCUUUUCACUGAUCAUGAACAAUUUGUGUCUCAGAGAUCAUUCAGGUAAACUUUGCAAUAUCGAACUGGGUACGCAUUCUGUAUAGUUCACAGUCUUUGUUUCAUUUCCAAGGUCUCAGCCGCUCAUAAUUUAUUAUGUGCUUUAUAGGGGCAGAAUUUACUGUAACUGCUACAGGAACAAUGUUUGUUAGGCUUGUUGCAAACUUCCCAGCUUAAUUACCCCAAACCAGGGCAUGACAAAUUGGAGGAAUUGAAAGGUUGAAACAGCAUGAAACUUCUUACAGAGGAUCUGGGAUCUGUAGGAAUAGGGCAAAUAGUUGUGUUUCUGCUUAACAAAUCAUGUUGAAGAAUUGUUAAUGGACAACUCAGAAUCUGAUCAGGGAGUACAAGUUUGAGAUUUGAUGCUAUUUUAGAAAGUAAAUUGAAGGAAAGAAAAGAAAAAUUGAAUGAAGUGUUAGACAGGGAGAAGGAUAGAGAGAAAAUAUGAAAAGAGUAAUUUAGUUUUUGUUUUCAUCUCCAACAACAACUAAAACCUGAGAAGGAAUAACGUUUAAGUUUAAGGAGUUGAUUUUCAGAGUUGGAAAAGCAGUUUGGCAGAAUUUAAGAUUGAUCAUGCCAAUAAAAAUGAUAAUCAGCCUGAAAAGAACAAGCCUGAACGUUGUGUAGUGAGUUUGAUUUGUAUCCCUGACUCAGGUCAUGCCGUUCAAUAUAUAUGAAUGGGGAGCCAGAUGGUAAUCUAUCAUGUCCGCAUAGUUUACAGGUGAACAACUGAAUCAAUAACUUUCGGAUUUUUGUUCUUCUUUAUCUGUAAGUUCCUCCAACUCUUAAACUGUCUGAGAUAUCCAUUCUCUAUGCCUUAUGACCUCUUGAGCUUUCAGCUGCGAAGGCAUUCUGUUUUGAAAUCCCUCCUAGACCUCUCUGUCUCCACCCUCCUUUCUAAAACCUACCUUGAUGACCAUGCUUUUUGGUUAUCUGACUAAUAGCUUCUGAUCUGGUUCUGUAUGAAAUGGUAGUUCAGUAACAUUUCUAUGAAGCAUCUUUGAUAUUUUAUUACACAAAAUAAAAAUUGUCGAUUGUCCACCUGCACAUGCCUAAUGUUAUGGUCAACUUAGACAGAAAUGAGAAUUGUUAACCUCACAUUUCUUUUUACAUCAAAUCACCGUCCUAUAUUAAUAUAGCCCUUUAACUCUCAAUGUUACCUCUAAUAUUGAUCCAUCCCCUUUGGUAAGGGGUUUUACAACAGCACCAACUGCUCUUGUUGAGACUCAGACAAUGUGAUGUAUCCAUUGUGUUAUUUGAAGGGUGAGUGUAUUUUUUCCAUCCUUGAUUAGAAAGGGCUUUUCAUCAGUUGGCAUUGGUUUAGAUAAUACAUUGUACAGCUCUGUCAGGCCAUUCUCAUCUUUGUUAUGGUAACAAAAUCCUUUAAUUGAGUAAUUCCAGGGGCUUUUAUGGUUGACAAUAUUUCUCAAACAACUGCAUUUUCUGAAUGAAGCAAUAUAGAGAAUAUUUUAUAUCUAAGAGUCAAAUAAAGUCAGUGAUAGGGGUUCUGUAAUUGGAUUGUCCCUCAGUUUCUUUUUUCCUUUGGCUUGGAGAAAAUAUUCUUCUAUUUCAAGCUCCUAUGUUUCACUUUUAGCUUUAUGGAUUGCAAUUUAAUUCAGGUUCUUGUUGUAAAAUUAAUUGCUCACCAUUCAAUGCUCUCAGCAUCAUUAAUGCUCAUAGAUAAACAUGAACAUGAGAACUAGGGUCAGCAUCAGACAAUCCUGGCUGCCAUUCAAUAUGACCUUGGCUGAUCUCAUUUCAGCCUCAACUGCACUUUCCUGCCCUCUUUCCAUGAUCUUUCAACACAUGACUAAUUAAAAAUUGGUCCGUCCCCUUCUUGAAUUCUUUCAGUGUCCCAGAUAGGUACAUGAACAGGAAAGGUUUACGGGGAUAUGGGCCAAAUGCAGGCAAGUUAAGUUUGGGAAGCUAGGUCAGCAUGGAUGAGUUGGACUGAAGGGUCUGUUUCCGUGCUGUCUGACUCCAGUAAAUUCUAGGUUUGCAAUCCUUUGAGAGAAGUAAUUUCUCCUCAUCUCUGUUUUAAAUCUGCCGCCCUUUAUGCCAAAACCAUGACCUUUCAUUCUUGAAUGCUUACCAAGGGGAAAUGCCCUGUCUAAAUUCUCACCCUAAACCACACUGCCUGCUGGCCGUCUGCCUCUUCCCUCAACAGACCCUUUAAAACCUGCUUUCUCCUGCUCAAUUAAUGUUGGCUUUUCUCGUGAUCCUACAACGCAAAUAACCAAAAUAACGUGCACAAAUAUUUGUCCAAGUUGAAGAAGGUUCUGGAACCCUCAAGCAUCAGGAUUGCCUUGAGAAGUGCUUUGCACUACGAGGUGUCAGCAUGGAUGAGUUGACACCUAAUAGUGCACAGGGAAAGGUCACCAGGUAUUUGCCUAUUCAUAUGUGGCCCUCCUCCUUUGACCGUACUAACUGUGUUUAUAGCUGUUCCUGGGAAGUGGCAGGUUCAUUACCCUGGAGCUGUGUGUGUACCUAUCAGUAUUUCUUUAAAAUAUUUUCAAAUGAAAACAUGCAGAACAGUUGCAAGAUGCCAAUAGCACUGACAUUUUCCACCUUUUAGGAGUUUAAUUCCGUUGUAUGAACAUGGACACAGUGACAAUCUUGAACUGAAAGUGUUUUAUGAAAUUACAUGCUUCAUACACAGAUUUAGCUCUGAAGUAUUUGCAUAAAAAUGUGCCAAUAGUCAAUUUAAAUGAAUGGUCACCUCUUUGCAACUGUAAAAUCUGGUCAGAAUGCAUCCCAAUUUAAUUUGUUUUAUUUGUUGCUUAAUAACAAAUAACAAAUUUGUUAUUUGUUCAUCACUGUCAGGUUCAGCAUUUCUUAGCCAUCCCUAAUUGCCCUUGAGAAAAUCAGCUGUUUUCUUAACUGUAUAAAAAAUGCUGGAAAUCACAGCCCGUCAGGCAGCAUCCGUGGAGAGAGAGCAACUGACAUUUCAAGUCUAGGAUGCUCCCUAACCCGCUAUGACUUCCAGCAUUUUUUUGUUCAGUACAGAUUCCCUCAUCUUCAGUAAUUUGCUCCUUAGCUCCUUUCCUGGUGCCUGUAUACACAGUAAGACAAGUUGGUUUUAUUCCAGUGCAGAUUCAAAUGGACAAACCAGCCACAUUAAAGGCUUUGUCAUAUUAAGAAUGAAGUUUAUACCAUGUGGUCCCCACUCUCAUUUCUUUUUAUCCAAUGUGCUGUUCACCCUCCUGCACAGGAGGUAAGUGAGUACCGUCUUUCGAGAUUUCUGUGACAAUGUCUCUUGUGGGCCAUAGGAAGAAUACGAAGAUAGGAUAGGGUAACUCCGCAUGUAUUUUCACUCUUUGUGGAGUGGCUUGUGCUCAGCAUCUUCUUGUAAAGACUGCUUUUUUGGGAACUGGCUGUGCAGGAAAACACUGACACAAACCUGAAUUCCGUAACUCCACUGUGUAGCAAAAAUAACAAUUGCUUCAAUACCUCUGUAUUCCACAAUCCUUUUGACACGAACAUGUGAAAAAUGUACCUGAAUUGUGCAACGCGGAUCACCCAUGUCAACCAACAAUUUUCAUAAUUAUUGAACCAUUUUGUUUCAGAAUUAUUAAACCACUGCUCUCAAUGUCUUCUUUCAUUGCUUCAGGUUAAAGGCUCUGUGAUCACCGAUCAUAUUGUCCAUUACUGAAUAAUCACGUUUUGACUCUUUGGUUUAAAUUGUGUAAAAACAUCCCACUGAGAUUUUAUUUUCAAUUUAAGUCAUUGUUACGGUGAUGCUGCAAAUUAAUCACUUUUUUUGUAUGACAGUGUCAGCUAAAAGGGAAACUUGGCUGCAGUUCUAAAUAAAUCUAUCCAUGUGCAUUGAUCAAUAUAUAAGUUAAAGAAUUUGUAUAAAUUGACACCAAACAUAAUCACAUGGCUUUUCAUGACCAGACUUUUUGGUACAAAUUUGGCAUUCUGUGGGUCAAGUAAAACUCCUUAAAAGCUGAGCACAAUUAAAAUAUUUUUUUCUUAGAUUGGGCUGGUCCCAUGUAGUCCAUGUCAAUUAAAUGGGUACAAUGUUUAUAUUAUUCUCAUCAUUAAUACUGUGUAGUAGUACUAUUAACAUAGCAGAGUUGCCUAAAGUUAAGUGUUUCAAUGUACAUUCAAUAAACAACCUUUCAUAACAAUUA